AGACAGCGUCACUUCCUGUCCGUGCAGCUGGAGGCCAAAAUGCGCCUCGGCUCGGAGGGGAAGAAGCUGCAGCCUCACAGCGGGACAUGAGCUCGACUGUCUGCUGCACACACACAGCUGGAGCCAACAUGGCGUCUGAGGCGGAGGCGAGGAGGAGGAGGAGGAUGAAGGCUGCAGAUGCUCCGUUGGAGGUGGAGGCGCUGACGCGUGGCGGGCACGCCGCCCUGCAGGCGGGGAGGAGGCGGGACGCCCUGAGCUGCUUCAAGAAAGCCCUGAAGGCCUCGGCGGAGCUGCAGGACUCGCGGGUCAGCCGGGCCUGCUCCUUCAACCUGGGCGCCGCCUACGUGGAGGCCGGCCGGCCGCAGAGGGGGCUGGACUUCCUGCGGCGAGCGCAGCCCGGCCCGCGGGCCCACCGCCUCGCAGACCUCCAGUUCAACCUGGCCGUGGCCCACAAUGCACUGGGGCACGGCCGAGACGCCGCCACCCACUUCCUUCGGGCCGCCCAGCUGUACCGGUCCCAGGGCGACGGAGCCAGCGAGGGCGGAGCCUGCAUGGAGAUGAGCCAGGUGCACGCCGGCCUGAAGGACUGGUCUCAGGCGGUUCAGGGUUUCCUGCGGGCGGCUGAGAGCUACAGGGUGGCGGCCAUGUUGGAUUGUGCAGCCGUUGCUCUUAAAGAGGCGGGGAGCCACAUGGUCCAAUCAGAUCAGUUCAGCCAGGAUGACAUCAUCAGCGUGCUGACGGAGUGUCUGAGUCUGGCGGACAGCGUCACCGAGCCGAGGAUUCUGGGUGAGCUGUACCUGGCGGUGGGUGUGGCCUACAGCCGGCUCAGGUGUUUCCAGGAGGCGGUGUCGUGUUUCCGGCAGGCGGUGCUGCCCGCCGCUCGCCGGCCCCCCCUGCUGGCCGCCGCCCUGCACAACCUGGGAGCCGCACUGAACUCAGAGGGCCGAUACAGAGACGCAGUGAGCUGCUGCAGAGAGGCCGCCAGGCUGUACGGCUCCCUGGGCCGGCGUGGGGAUCAGGCUCGGUGUUUCAGUAACUUGGCGUUGGCGUGUCGGCGUCUGGGUGAGGAGGAGGCGGCGGCCGAGAGCUUCCUCCACGCCCUGCAGGCCUUCAGAGACACAGAUGAUUACGCAGGGCAGUGUCAGGUGUGUGAGGCGUUGGCAGACUCCUACCUGCAGCAGAAGAAGCUGCAGAAAGCUGCUGAGCUGUACAAACAGGCCCUGGCUGCUCUGAGCUCCUGCCAGGACUGUCCGAGCGCUGCACGAGAUCGUCUGGUCGACAAGCUGACCGCCGCGCUGCAGCAGCGUCUGACCGCCGGCCUGCAGAGGCCACGCCCUCUCAGGCCACACCCACCCCGGCCACGCCCACUCAGCCUUCCCUCCAGACAGCCUGACAGGGGAGCAGACGCACCAGGCCGGGAUUUCAACCAGCAACCUCUGACUGCAGGCCAGCCAGAGGCCUGGCAGAGCAACAGGGAGGGGGGCGGAGCAUCACACCAGGACGCAGCAGGGCAUUAUGGGUCAGCUGGGGAAGGAGCCACUGAACAGCCUGAAUACCUGUCCAUGUUACCUGGAGUGAGCAGCCGUCAGCAGUCAGAGCGGUCAGCUGACUUCCAGCAUGGUGAGAUCUGCUCUGACCGCCUGAAGCCGUGCAGUGAAAGCGAAGCCUCUUUGGCCCAGGAACCAGAGGCCCCGCCCCCCACCGGGCUGGCUGAUGACAACAAGGCCACGCCCCCUUUGGCGAGGUGGACAUCUCGUUUCUGCACAGUCAUGUAGCUGCCACAUCCUGCAAGGUCUGCUGGGAAUUGUAGUCCAGAAGGGAAACAGGAAGUGACUGACGACAGGAACAGGAAGUCAUGUUGUGCUUCUCCUCAGGUCACACGGUCACAUGACCUCUGACAGCGUUGGGAUUGGUCGGACACAAACAGCCUUUCCCCGACAUCCCGGACCGGGACCAGAUGUUGGACACCAUCUUCACAUCUGGACGUCCAGAGGUGAAGAGCAUCCGGCCCCGGGACGUCCCGGGACGUCGGGGAGAGGAAAACGAAAACGAACAUCCCAGCUCGAGUCUGAGGAGUGAAGAGCUGCAGCUGCAGAUUAACAGCAUCAGCAGGAUGUUAAUCUGGAGUUAAUCUGGAGUUAGACUGGAGUUAGACUGGAGUUAGACUGGAGUUAAUCUGGAGUUAGACUGGAGUUAAACUGGAGUUAAUCUGGAUUUAAACUGGAUUUAAACUGGAGUUAAUCUGGAUUUAAUCUGGAGUUAAUCUGGAGUUAAACUGGAGUUAGACUGGAGUUAAACUGGAGUUAAACUGGAGUUAGACUGGAGUUAAUCUGGAGUUAGACUGGAUUUAAACUGGAGUUAAUCUGGAGUUAAUCUGGAGUUAAUCUGGAGUUAAUCUGGAGUUAACCUGGAGUUAACCUGGAGUUAGACUGGAGUUAGACUGGAGUUAGACUGGAGUUAAUCUGGAGUUAGACUGGAGUUAGACUGGAGUUAAUCUGGAGUUAAUCUGGUGUGCACGCUGGAACUGUGGAUUACUGAGGUUCUGGUUGCCUGAGAGCUGAAGAACCUCGGCCUGUUUACGUCUGUGUUAUCAAGUCUUAAUGUGUUUCUUCAUUUUAUUUAAUUUUAUUUUAUUUUUGACAGGCAGGUGUUUGUAAAACUAUUUGUAAAUUUAGUAAUUUUUAAAAAUUAUUUAUUUAUUGGAUACAUUUCAAUUUAAAAACUAAACAAAAACAAACAAAAAACCCAGCUGGGUUGUGUGUGUGUGUGUGUGUGUGUGUGUGUGUGUGUGUGUGUGUGUGUUACCAUGGUAACCAGGCUGAGCACCUGGAGCUCAGGUGUGUCUCACAUGGAAACUGAUCACAUUAAAGGUUUGUGUCA